GCUUGUCGUUCCAGACUCCUGGAAAUUCUCCCUAAGUGUGGGGGAUGGGGGAAGGCUGUAAAAGAACUUGAUCGCGGGGACCUUCACGGGUGCUGCGGAGGACAGAGCAAUGCGCAUGCGCCUGACCUGCUGAGGCGGUGACGGCGUGAUAACCUGGUGGGCAGACGAGAGGAGAGGAGUCCCUAAUUCAAUCUGAAAAUGCCGGUCUUCUGGAUGAUGCGCCAAGCUUCCCAAACAGGGAUUCCAGUAUGCUUGAGUCUUACCCGGCAUCUGAGCAUCACAGCUGCAAGAGCAUCAUACAAAUAUGUGAAUGUGAAGGAGGAGGCAACAGACAUGAAAUCAGUCACUGACAAGGCUGCACAGACCCUGCUGUGGACAGAACUUAUCCGAGGCUUAGGUAUGACCCUGAGCUAUUUGUUCAGGGAACCUGCCACUAUCAACUAUCCCUUUGAGAAGGGCCCCUUAAGCCCCCGUUUCCGUGGGGAACACGCCCUGCGCAGAUAUCCAUCUGGAGAGGAGAGGUGCAUUGCUUGCAAGCUCUGUGAGGCCGUAUGCCCUGCUCAGGCAAUCACUAUUGAGGCAGAGCCCCGGGCUGAUGGAAGCCGCAGGACUACUCGCUAUGACAUUGACAUGACCAAGUGCAUCUACUGUGGAUUCUGCCAGGAAGCCUGUCCUGUGGAUGCCAUUGUGGAGGGCCCCAACUUUGAAUUCUCUACUGAGACACAUGAAGAGCUUCUGUACAACAAAGAGAAGCUACUCAACAACGGUGACAAAUGGGAAGCUGAGAUUGCUGCUAACAUUCAAGCAGACUACUUGUACCGGUGAUGGAGCAUUUAUCUGAACCCACCACACACAUCCUAACCAGCCAGCUCAACCGAAAUCAAGCCUUUAAUAAAGGACAUGUGCCCAUUGUUUGUUUCCCUUUGUCUUGAGGAUGAGAGAGAAGUUGUAGGCAAACCUUCUGAGGAUAUUCUAGAAUGCACAAUCUUGCUCACAGGUUGUGGGAGACGGCAAGUCCCACUACCCGUCUUUUCUUUGAAUUUGGGAUUUCUGAUUGUUAUAUCAUUGAGGAAGCCUAAGGGAUUACAUAAGAAUGUUGGUCUGAAAAGAGGUGAUAGUGAAUUGAGGAACAAGUAGAGGGAUUGCUGGUCAACAGCUUUUUGAUUAUUUUACUGGAAAGGAUUCCCUUUGCUGUCUUCUAGGGAGCCAAUUCAAGGAUUCAGGAAAAGGUUUCAAGUCUUCUUGGGACUACUAGUAGUAUUGUUCAGAAAGUGCCAUCAGGUCAGAAAAACACUGCAGAUGAUAUAAAUUUCCUCAUACUGCAUAUUUUAGAUGUAAAAGAGAAUUGGAUCAGGCAACCUCUUUCUCCCACAGACACAUACAUGCCAGCUGCAAGCUAAGUGAAAGCAGUUGUGAGAAGCCAAUGCUACAUGGUUUUUAAAGAGUGUUUAAAUUGUCUUUGAAUAGAAUUGACAGUGCUGCUUUAUAUAAAAAUUCUAUAGAACUAUGAUAAGAA